UCCGCUGUAGCAUUUGUUCUCCAAUCUUUGUAUAACACUAUAUAUAUCAGAGAUUGCCAGAUACAACAUACGUACAAUACAUAUUAACUAUUUCAAGGCAAUAAUCAUGGUGGAAAUUCAUGAAGAAUUUGAUCAUCCAAUCUCUACUCAAGAAGGAGAUGAAGAGGAAGUGAUAUGCAAUGAGGAGCUUAAGAAGCUUAUGUUAAAGGAUAGCAUGCGGAUGGAAAAGCUGAAAGAGAAGCUAAGCAAUGAAGAGCCCAAGUCAGAAGCAAAGCGUGUGGCGUCUCGUCGGAAAAAGAUGUCAAGAGCACAAGAUUCCGUCCUAAAGUACAUGACGAAAAUUAUGGAAGCUUGCAAAGCGCAAGGAUUCGUUUAUGGGAUUGUUCCAGACAAGGGUAAGCCUAUAACUGGUUCCUCUGAUAGUCUACGUCAAUGGUGGAAAGAAGAAGCCCAAUUCGAUCAAAAAGCGCCUGUAGCAAUUGGAAAAUUCUUAGUUCUACCGCAGGAUGAAUUGUUCCCAGUUUCUUGCAUGCAACUACUUGAUGAUUUGCAUAACACUACUUUAAGGUCACUUCUUGCUGCUCUUAUGCAACGGUGUAUACCUCCACAAAGGAGGUAUCCACUAGAGAAAGGUUUAGCUCCUCCUUGGUGGCCAACGGGGAAUGAGACUUGGUGGGGUGAGCAAGGACUAUCACGCCAACACGGUGCUCCUCCUUAUAAGAAGCCUCAUAAUCUUAAGAAGGCUUGGAAGGUUAGUGUUUUGGCUGCAGUAAUCAAGCAUAUAGCGCCUAGUUUUGAUAUAAUAAGACGGCUUGUGACUCGAUCCAAGUGUUUGCAAGCCAAGAUGACAGCCAAAGAAAGCACUACUUGGUCUAAAGUGAUUAAUCGAGAAGAAGCUCUUUUCCGACUUUCUGAGACAUGCCCCAGAACAGAAGCGCGACGCGGCUGUAGCAGCAGCGGCCUACAAGUAACUGAGGGAAGGAAGCGUGUCUUUGAACGAGAGGCGUCUGAGAAUAGGCUAAAUGCUUUCCAAAACUUGCAGUGUCCACAGAGUGACGCGGGGUCAGGAUUUGUUGAGAACAACUCAAGGACAGAUCAUCAAUACCAAUAUGCUUAUCGUGCUGAAGAAACUGAUAAUAAUAGGCAAGUAAACAAUGCUGACUGGAGAACUGAUUCAUCUACAGAAUAUCAUCCCUGGUACGGUGAAACUUCGAUCAGUCCUCAAAUGAUUAGUGCUGCAAUGGAUAAUCUGUUUAAUGCGUUAAGUGUAACUAGUUGGGCUAAUUCAGUGCUAGCAGAUGCUAAUCCUAGUUAUGAUACAGAAAGCAGUACAAUGGAAAUUGGAGACGGGACUGGCUACAAUAUGGAAGAAUACUCGAGUUACUUGGAAACUGGAAUUGAAGAUUUAGCAUGCGAUGGUGCCUCUGGAUACGAAAGAGAAGAUACGGACUUGAAUCAAAAUUCAUCACAAGACAAUUUGGAAAAGGAAGGAUCACUAACUUCAAUUUGGGAUUUGGGAAAUGAGUGGGAUCUAAAUUGAAUUAUGUAUUUACUUAAUACAUUAGAUUCUCGAAAUGUGCUUUAAUUUUAAUAAUCUAGGACCGCUAAUAAAUAUUUGUUAGUUAA